AUGGAGUCCGCGUCCUCACCACUGCGGUACCGAAAGAACGGUCGGCUCCAAGCAUGCGACCCCUGUCGCCGGCGCAAAGUCGCAUGCGACCACGCUCGGCCGGUCUGCAGUAAUUGCAAGAGACGGAGACGGACGGAGCCGUGCGAGUUCACCAUGAGCGCGCCGGCGCAGAUGCGACCAGACCCAGGAGGCCCCCGUGCUGUCUCGGAACGGACGUCGCGAUCAGCGAGUGUGAGUCCGGGCUCGGAGAUGGGCGCCGAACGCAGCGGGCGGCAAUAUCAGCCCGCAACUGCGUCCACCCUCGUUGAUCGGCGGUCUGAGAUUAGCCCUGUCCUGACCGAAACAGAGACACCUGUGCGGCGGGCUCCGAGUCGUGAGCUCGGUGUGGCGGACGGCGGGUCCGGGCACCUCGGCUUCAUGUCGUGGAGUGACGUGUACAGGGAGGUCGGGAACGGGCUGUCUGGCCACGACGUACACGCAGAAAAGGAGAUUAGGUUCGUGGGCCGGGAGACCAGGUCGCAGCGGGAGACCAUUGUCUUCGCCGAAGACGCCAGGACGCUGGAGACAUGCCUGUCCGUCCUGCGGCAAGUUCCCGAUGAACGGGAGGGCCGACAGCUCUUCAACUCACAGUUCGACCCGCACAACGCCUUCAUCCACCCAGUCGCCGUGCGCGCCCUGGACUCGUUGUACGGCACGUUCGGUCACUACCUGGGCACCGCCCGGGACGACGCUCAGCUGUCCGAAUUCGCGCGGCGGCUGUGCUAUAACUCGUCCCGGCCUUUCUUCGAGCACGAGCCCGAUCCGGAGCUGUGGAUGGCGCAGUUCACCAGAGAGAAUCUGCGAUGGGAGACGCUUGGGUUGUUGUUUAUUUACUGGGAGAUGAAGCUCCGAAACGAGCAGCUUCCGAGGACGGAAGUCGGGCGGAUGGGGUACGGGCAGAAGAACGCGUUUAGGAAGUGUAUCUUUGACUGCAUCACGUUGGCGCGGCAGGCUAAUGACGUUGGGAACACGUUGCUGCUGUAUCUUUACUUUAGGCGGAUGAUUAUUGAGUCUAUCAUUGAUGGAGAUACAAGUCGUUCGACGUGGAUGACACAAGGGGAGACAGUCUCACUGCUCACCUUCCUCGGCCUACACGUUGAGCAAAACAAGGGGCCGUACAAACCAACCCUGGCAUCCGAGCUGCGAAGACGCGUCCUCGUAAAGAUUUUUGUCCUCGACAAAGUCGGGUCGGCGAUCACAGGCCGACCGCCCGCCCUGAGUCGCCGGUACAUUUUGACGCCGAUCCCGCUCGACAUACGGGACGACUACCUGCUGGGCGAUGACGAGACGAUCAGCAAGGCGGUGCGAUCGCUGGACAAGUCGGGCUGGAAUGCCGAUGGGGCGCUGAACUCGGUCACGUUCUGGCGGGCUCGGUAUCAGCUCAUGAUCAUCCGGGAUGAAAUCUUUGAGGUUGCUUUGGGGCCUGAGGCGGCUAUUUCAGUGGAAGUUUUGCUUGCCCUCAAAGCGAAGGAGUUUGCGGCCGCGGCCGAGAUGCCGACCAUUAUGCGGUUCAAAGAGUCAGACAUACGGAAUCCUAGUCUCACUGGUCAAAUGUUCCACGUGCGUUUGCUCAUGCAAUUGGAGCAUCUGCAGAAUCUUUUCUUCAUCGAGAGACUUUUGCAUCGACAGGACUGUUCCAACAAACGGGAAUUGCUGUCCGUGAGCUACGAGAUGACGUCGACCACGUUGCUCUUCUGGACUGAUAUGGAUAGUCUUGGUGUCUUGUGUGAGGAUUUCAAGUGGCUGGUCUUAGCAUACGCCGCACCAGGAGGCGGGAUCCUCUGCCUCGAGCUACUCAAGCCGACGCUGACUCUCGCCAACAGCGGCGUGACCGUCACAGAUAGCAACGGCAAGGUCAUUACGCGGUCCAGCAUCGUGCAGGUGCUGAGUCUUCUGGUCGGGUUCCUGAAGUGGGUGAGCCCGUCCGAGGCCACGGGCGGCAUCUGCGCCAGCACCAUGACCAUUGUGCAGCAGGUGCUCGACGAGGCGCUCAACGGGGCGCCGAACAGCAACCCGUCUGGCGAUGCGAUGGAAUGGGACUUUUCGGCGCAGCUGGAUUUCAAUUUUGAUCUGUUGGAUACAUAUGAGUGGAUGCGGCCAGAGUUUUCGUGGACCGAUUUGCCGGCGCAGGGUUGA